GUGUUUCGCGACGGCCUCAAUGCUCGCGGUUUAGGCAAGGAAGUUCAGGUGUAGUUUUUGAGGGGAGCGUCAGGCCGAAUUCGCAAUUUGCCGAUGCGCCGGAAAUAUUUCAAGGCUUUAUACAUCCUAAUGGUCUAUGAUCACAAGUUCUAGUAGAUUUAAUGCGAUAAAAGGUACCUGAAAGGAGUUUUUUUUUCAGAUUAUGUGAAGGGGUAUAGACUGUGGGUGGUGGCUUUCUUCUGUUCUUUUUGUACAUUUGGUGAUCUAUUGGGUUAAUGUGAUGGUGUGUUGACUGCAGGAUUGGCGUUGAGUUAGGUGGAGGCCGUUUAAUCGCGUGGGGGUAGACCUUGUAUGUUUUUUUAAUGAACGAAUGCGAAACUAUUCCAGUUGACGCUGCCUUUUUACGAUUAUAUAUUGAGGGCAUAUCGUGUCUAUGGAUUAACGUCUGCUUUGCUGUGCGUGUGUUUAGAAUCUGUCAGACCAAUUUGCUAGUCCAACAUCCGAUUCAAAUUCGCUAUUACUUGAUUGAAGAAAGUUCACGUGGCUUUGUUCACACUUACCAAGGAAGAUUCUUCAGAAGGGAUUAGUCUCCAUUGAUUUUUUCCUAACAGGUUUCCACUGUGAAAUUGGAGCGGAUUAAUUUAUGUCUUCAGAAAGCGUAAAAAAAUUCCGAGGCUUCAGAAUAAAAGGUAUAUUGGUUUGUCUUUUCGUGCGGACGGUAUCGUGGAGCUUUAUGUUCACCCCUCCUCAAAACUACAUUCAACCAUCAUCGGUUCAUAUUUCACAUUCAUGCUCAUCAUAACAGGGAGCUAGCUUUUGAUAUUAUUGGACAUCUGCGAGACCACUGUAUUUACUAUUGUGUGAUUAAUACGAUAAAAAAUAUCUACAGUCUGUGAAGCUUCAGCAGGACUGUAUCGGUGGAUCACUUUAAUUCUUAACCAAUGGAGUCUUUUUAUUAUUGUUUGGGGUUUCCUAAUUUGAUAUCUUACGAGAGUUAUUCAAUGCCAUAUCGACAACAGGAAUGUCUAGUAUGGAUUUCGAUCGCUGUGUUUGUUUUUU